AAAAAAAUUUGACAUUGAAAUUGAAGGAUUAGAGAAAUGCCAUUCAAUGGAGUAUUACUGGUGUCAGUGGCAAAGACAUCAGCAGAAGUUUGGCAAUUUUUGUCAUGUCUGGCAGACCCAAUUGACAGCGAAGAGCUUUUGGAUCUGGUCAUCUGCUUCCCUCUUCAACAAUUGGGUCGCUUAGCUCGUUGUGUUUGGACUUUCCUUUGUGUCCCUCCUGACCCUUAUUACUAUCGCCGUUACUCUUACAAUUCUUCUGCUUCUUCUUCAUCUUCAUCACUUUAUGAUAACCAAGAUUUUGUUGCUGCGCCUCCUCCCCAAUAUUACUAUGAUUCUUCUUCUUCUUCUUCUUCACAUUCGGAUUGA